AUGACUCUCGAGACUCGCACAAAGUCCCAUCCGGUUAUCCGCGAUGGCAAAUCUCAAAUUACGACACCAAAGAGCCCAAGCAGCGACUCCCAAUGCGUCGCUGCCCGCACGCGCCGCAAGAAAUCCGCUGAGUUCGCCGAGACCAAGGCCCGCCGAGUCCGCACGGGAUGUCUUACCUGUCGCGAGCGGCAUCUGAAAUGUGAUGAGGCGCUGGGACGGUGUCUGAAUUGUCGAAAGUCGGAUAGGGUAUGUCGACGUGGAGUUCGUCUCAACUUCAUCGAUAUCCAGACUGUGGCCCCACCACAUCUCAUUGCCCGCCCUCAUGGCACCAAGGUGACAUUCCGUGAUGACUCGCGGUUUAUUGCGUCGGAGUACGUUGGUGGAUUUGAGAGAUAUCCGCCGCCUCAGCCGGAGAAUCCUGUCAUCGAAGACAAUAUACAGACGGCCCAUGGGACUUUUGAGAUGGAUCAGGAGACUCUGAAUCAUCUCUUUCAGUCUGUCGCUCACUCAUUCGAUCCAACGGGGUUUGAAGUUUCACACGUUGGGACAGAUCUCAUUGCUGGCGCGGAGCAGUGGCCUUCGACCCACUUGACGUCCGGCGAUGAGUUGCUACCUCACGCUUUAUCCAAAUUCGCACAAAAGCUGUCUAUGAGACAAUUAGAUCAUGGACCUUUGACAGAUCCGGAGCAAGUGUUUUUGCUGCAGGUGUUUGUUGAGAAAGUUGGUAUUUGGAUGGAUUCCAUGGAUGAAAUGAAACAUUUCACACAUAUCCUGCCAUAUCAUGCUAUCGACGAGCCCAUGCUCCGGAAUGCCUUUUUCGCAUGUGGGGCCAAGCACCUUGCCCUAGUCGAUCCUUCUUAUGGAGAGGAGAAGGGGCAGCGUUUUUACGACUCGGCAACUCAAGAUAUUUUGAACGCCGUUCAUGAUCCAAACCGUGAUUCUGUUCUCUGUGCAACCACAGCUUUGGUUCUUGGCAUCUAUGAAACCAUGUCUUCACGAUCAACAUGUCCGAUGAAUCAUAUCGCGGGAUCGCGGGCUCUGAUCCGGGAAUGUGGCUGGACAGCAAAGACACACGGCCUUGGUGGAGCUUGUUUUUGGACAAGCGUGUGCAUGGAGCUUCUCAGCUGUCUGCAUCACAAUUGGGCCAUAUCUUGGAACCCUGAUACUUGGGAUGUUAAUAUGGACAUGGACCACAUGCACCAUGCAGAGCAAGUGUGGCUCCACCGAAUGCUGUAUAUUUGUUCCAAAAUUGCAAACUUCCGAUUAUCCGCCCACCAACCAUCAGGAGCAGAAGGCCCUGCAAUCCAUACUUCUGGCACGUUCCAGGAGUGGAGUCUCUACAACAACUGGUGCGAUCAGUGGGCCAAGUUUGUGCCGCGCUCUAUGAUGCCCCUAGGUUACUUGCAGCCUUGGCAAAAUAAUUCUCAAUCUGCCUUUCCCAUGGUCUGGCUCAUGGGCGGGCAUGCCCUUAUUGCGCGAUUAUUUUACCACACUGCUCGCAUCUUACUGGCCAAAUCACACCCACUGGAAUCCGAACUGCACGCAGAGAUGCGAAACGUGCAGCAAACCCACGCCUAUGAUCUCUGUGGUCUCGUUUCCCAACUCAAAGAUCGCGGAGCGGUGUAUAUCGCGGUCCACUGUCUUGCCAUUGCAGCAGAAUGUCUAGACGCCCGUGAAGCCCAGGAUGAAGCCCUCGGCAUAUUCGACACCAUUGCCAACAACGAAAUGGCCUGGCUCGUCGACCCUACCAAAGAAAAGCUCAAACAGACCUGGGGUUGGCCAGUUCCGCAGCCUCACACCGUUUCUCCUGAGCAAAUACACAACAACUAUUCCGACUUGGAUCCUCUUUUGUCUGCCGAGUCCCAUGGCCUGGUGGGAGGUGCCGUCAAUCCUCUGCUGGCGGCCGCGGACUUUGCAUUGGAUAAUCAUCCCUACCAGGGAUCAUAUGUUGCGCCGCAUCAUGCACUUGAUCAUUACCACUAUGGUGGUUACUUGAUAUGA